AUGUUAUCGAAAAAUCACAAUAUUUUGAUGUUUUUCUUUUAGCAAAACUAAUUUCGUUGUGUCGUAUUUUGUGUUAAAAGCAUAUUUUAUAGAAAAGUUUGUUUAAAAAGUGCCAAACAAGUGGUUUACUAGAACUACAAAACAACCAACAACAUUAAAAUAUGGCCACAAGUUGUUCGCAUUUGCGUCAACGUCAAUUUUUACGUUUUGGCGGCAGUUUGCAAGAACUGCGCGAACAAAUGCAUCAGGAAAUUGAAAACAAAGCUAAAGCUUGCUCUAAUCCAACCUAUGAAUGCUCCCUAACCCGUGCUGAUGGCAGUGAAUAUUGUAUGCAACAUAUAUUACGCGAUCCACGUGGAAAUUAUCGUCCGUGUACUUUUAUUUACCCCAAUGGACGCAAGUGUGCAAAUGCAGUACAGAAGCAUGAUCUGAAAAAGGAUCCAGAAAUGACAACGCUAUGCUUUGAACAUAAUCGUCAAGCACAGCUACGCAAAACACAUACAACGGUGGGCAAAUUAAAACGUACCGAUACCAAUGAGGCAUUACUGCACAGCCUUACUAAUCAUAUCAAUGUGGAUGGCAAGCAAUUUGAACGUAACAAUAGCGAGCAGGAUGAAGAAAUAGAUGUAGUUUCACCACAUGUCACACCAUUUGUUGCACACGAGCAGAUAAAUGGCCUAAGUAGUGUAAUGUCGAAAUUGCAAAAACGGCGUCGCAUUUUGGAAUAUGCCUCAGAUAGUUCAAGUGACUACGAUGAGCCGCCCAACAUCAAGAAUAGGGCGCGAGAUUUUCAAUUCAAUGAAUCAGAUGACGACAGCGAUAACUCGCUCGCAGAAGAUUUACUUAAGCACGCUGGCAUUUAUACACGCGAAGAGGCCGUGCGUAUAUCCGAAGCUAAACUGACAAAGCUGCAAGGUCUUUACAUUGAUCAAAUCAAUCAUCUACAUCAAGUACUUAAAGAGCGGCGUCGUCGUUAUUUAACUGCUUUACGUAAAGAACGUGAAAUGCUUUGCAGCAUACAUGAUCAGCUAAAGGAAUCGCCAAAAGAGCGUGUACUCUAUAAUCAACUCAAAGCGCUUAGUUCAUAUCAUCGCCGUAACGGUAUCGAAACUGUGCUCUAUAAGAAGUUCAAAGAAAAACGCGCCAAAGCCGCAGAUACAACAGCUGGGUACAAAGCGCCCAACUAUAAUAAAUGUAUUUUCACUGAGGGUGGCGUUAAGUGUGGCGAAAGAGCUAUGCCAUGUUGCAAAUUUUGUCGUAAACAUAUUUUAGAAGAUAAAAAGCAGAUUUUAUUUCGUGCUUGUGAAGUGGAGCGUAGCGGCGUUGUAUGCCAGGAGCCAAUACCGUGCAUUUUCGAUAAUGCAUCAACGUGUGUCUUGCAUUUAACCGUACCGACGCGUCGUCAAUAUAUACAAAAGAAAUAUGAAUCAGAAACAGAAGAGGAUGCUGAAGACAAGCCAGAAAAUUUGAAAGAAAAAUCAUUGUCAGUGGAUAUUACAAAAUUAAACACAUUUACGGGCUUGAAAUCGGAAAAUUCUUCUGCAACUUCUCCGGGCAGAAAUGUAACAAUCUCACAUGACAUAAACGUCACAGCUUCAACAUCUGAAGGGAUUAAAUAAAUGGGAAAAAGUGUCAUAUACCAACAAGCAAUACAUUUAACUUUUUAAAAAGAUUUUAAUAAUUUGUCGUGGAUUUUAUAUUUAUAUUGACUUUAUAUGUAGAAGAUUAAAGAUUCCUGUGUUUUAAAUUCGAAUAUUAAAUAUUCAACAAAUAUAAA